GCCGGGUUGCUCAGCUGAGUGAUCCCAAGACUUUUCAGCCGGCGAGCAUCUCCAGGGCUAAAUCGAAGAAGAGCAAAGACCUUCCAAACUCAGUUGGAAACAUCUCUAAGUAUUUGUUACAGUGUAUAAGGAGCUAAAGGGAAAGUGGCCCCGACGACGCUAAUUGAACAAUUGAGGCAGGUUUAUCUGUGUCAUCAAAUUCUAUCCAGAAGUUGAAGAAUAUUUCUAUAAAUUUAAGGAUUGUGGACAUUUAAUAAGAAAAUGACCUUUCAAUUUAAUUUUACUAUAGAAGACCAUCUGGAAAAUGAAUUAACACCCCUUGGAGAUGGAGCUUUGAUGCUGCAUUCCUCAAAGGAGCUGUCGGUCUUAGAAAGUCAAAAAGGAGAACAGAGGGACAGAAAAUGUUCUAUAGAACAAUUUGACUUGCCUCAGGAUCACUCGUGGGAACAUAAGUCAGUGGAAAAUGCAGCUUCUUCUCAAGACACAGACAGUCCACUCAGUGCAACUAUCAGUUCAAGUCACUUAGACGCACAUGAAGAACAGCCCUGCUUGAGAAUUGCCAAAGAGCAUGCUGUGCCUAAAGAUUUAAAGAAAGUGUUAGAAAAUAAGGUCAUAGAAACAUUACCAGGUCUCCAGCAUGUUAACUUACUAGCAGUUAAAACCAUCUUGUUGAAAGACAACUUCCCUGGAGAAAAUAUAGUUUCAAAAAGCUUUUCUUCUCACACUGAUCUGAUUACAGGUGUUUAUGAAGGAGGCUUAAAAAUCUGGGAAUGUACCUUUGACCUCCUAGCUUAUUUCACAAAGGCCAAAGUGAAAUUUGCUGGGAAAAAAGUGUUGGAUCUUGGCUGUGGAUCAGGGUUGCUGGGGAUAAUUGCAUUGAAGGGAGGGGCCGAUGAAAUUCAUUUCCAAGAUUAUAAUAGUAUGGUGAUUGAUGAAGUAACUUUACCUAAUGUAGUAGCUAACUCCACAUUGGAAGACGAAGAAAAUGAUGUAAACGAACCAGAUGUGAAAAGAUGCAGGGAAUCAAAGGGAGUACAAGAACUAUAUAAAUGCCAGUUCUUUUCUGGGGAGUGGUCUGAGUUUUGUAAGCUUGUACUAAGCAGUGAAAAACCCUUUGUAAAAUAUGAUCUCAUUCUCACCUCAGAAACCAUUUACAAUCCGGAUUAUUACAAUACUUUGCACCAAACAUUCCUUAGACUAUUAGGUAAAAAUGGACGAGUACUUUUGGCCAGCAAAGCACAUUAUUUUGGUGUAGGUGGAGGUGUUCAUCUCUUUCAGAAGUUUGUAGAGGAAAGGGGUGUAUUCGAGACUAGAACACUCCAAAUAAUUGAUGAAGGAUUAAAGAGAUUCAUAAUUGAAUUGACUUUUAAGUGCCCUAGUUAAUGUUCAUUGAGUGUCCUAAGUGAAAUAAACACAAUGACCAAAAA